AUGGGUAGUUCAUGGAAUUGGAAGACUAAUGUUUCAAUUUCACAAAGGGCGAGGCAUGAAAGUGGCUCUGUUGAAGGCAUGAGCUGGCCUGUAAACGUCCACGAUGGUGCCUUGUUUGGCGGAACCGACAUCUCUGAUACAUUGUACAUGUUUGGCGGAACAACAAUGUCCUUCAACCAAUCUUUCCCAUAUUUCCUCAUUCCUCCUACUGAGCAGUACGCAUUGUGGACAUACGACAUCCCAGGCGACCUGUGGACACCUUUUGACACUUCUAGUUCAGGCAUAACCAUUCCUUCUUGGGGAGCCAGCAGCGAAACAACUGAUCAAGGCCUGGCAUUCUACUUGGGAGGUCAGAUUGAUGGCGGAACAGCAAACACCACCCAGUAUCUGGGCGAGGAUACUGUCGGCCUUGGUGGGAUGGUUGUGCUAGAUACAACCUCAUCUGUGACGAAAAAUGUGACCGUGGAAGACACAAUCAAGAGCAACAGGAAAGGUGCCAGUAUGGUCUACGUGAACAACUUUGGUGACGCGGGGGUUCUUAUCUUGCUGGGCGGAAAAUCUGAUUUCGAUGGAUACCUCCCGAUGGACGAGAUUUCAAUUUUUGACGUCAAGACAACGGACCUAAGUGACGAUGCCUCUGGGGAGAAGAACAAAUGGUAUCAACAAAACGCAACCGGCUCUAUUCCCAGUGCUCGCAGCGAUUUUUGCUUAGUCGCUGCACCAUCACAAGACAACAGCAGCACAAGCAUCUACAUGUAUGGUGGUCGGAGCGAUGGUGUCAUCUUCGACGAUAUAUACGUCCUGAGCAUUCCUUCCUUCACCUGGGUUAAAGUCUUCGUCGGUGAAGAUGCCCGCUGGUCAGUUACCUGCCACUUUGUGCCUCCCCGACAGAUGAUCACCAUUGGUGGUGGUGGCAAAUCAAGUAAUAUAUCGGCCGACUGCGAUUGGGAACAAAAGAGUUUAGCGGUGCUUGACCUGAGUACAAUAGGAUGGGGGAGCAUCUAUGAUGCCAAUGCUCCGCCUUAUCAAGUCCCAGAUGCCGUGGUCAAGGUUAUUGGUGGAAGUCCGGAAGGUAAUGCUAGCAUGAUCAAGCCUAGUGCUGGCUGGGCUGAGGACGCCCUCGCGACAGUAUUCACAAUCAGGACUGUUACAUCCGAUCCCAGUGAACCCCCUAGUGCAACAACUUCAACAAUAUCGUCGCCAACUAGUUCUUCAAGUUCGAACGAUUCAGCAGAGACCACUAAGAGCAUAUCUGUUGGCGCAAUAGCAGGCAUCGCCAUUGGUGGUGUUGCACUCAUCGCAUUGAUUGGUGGAAGUAUCUUCUUCUUCCUUCGAUCUCGCCGCAGGAACCAGCAGCAACACCAAGAACUACUGAUUGAGAAAGAUGGCUUGCCCGACUACAGCACGGCUGCAUUCUUGGGCAGUGCCGAAUUACUUGGCACGCCUCAUGCCGCUGAGCUCUCAGCCAGGGACAAUGACUCUGGCCCGAAUUGUAAGCCUGGGCAGCCUGGACCAGUCGAGAAAGAUGCUGGAGCUGUUCAAGGCCGACACACCUCUAAUCGCGUCAACACGCCAAUUGAAAUGGAAUGA